UGCAUGGCUGUCUCUCUGUGUAAGAGUGAUAACGAGCAAACGGGUAUCCUGACAGGCCCGAGUUUAUCCGUCUGCCACUUCUGGCCUCUGCGAGCAUAGACAGGAGGCACUGUAUUCACACACACACUCCCUCUCUCUCUCCCUCUCUCUCUCUCUCUCUUUUUCUCUCUCGCUGCCUUCAGCUGACUGGCAGUAGCCUUUCUUAAUAUAGUUCAAUGGCUUCAGAAAGAAAGCCUGUGAGGAGAGCUCUAUACUAGCUGCCCGUGGUCAGAUCAUGACCUAACUCACCAUGAACUUGGAAGGGCUUGAAAUGAUAGCCGUUCUUAUCGUCAUUGUACUCUUUGUGAAAUUAUUGGAACAGUUUGGGCUUAUUGAAGCAGGUAUAGAAGACAGUGUUGAAGAUGAAUUGGAAAUGGCCACAGUGCGGCAUCGCCCUGAGGCUCUCGAGCUGCUUGAAACACAAACGAAGUUCACAAAGAAGGAGCUACAGAUUCUCUAUAGAGGAUUCAAGAACGAAUGUCCCAGUGGGAUUGUUAAUGAAGACACCUUUAAAGACAUCUAUGCUCAGUUUUUCCCACAUGGAGAUGCUUCAACAUACGCACACUUUCUGUUUAAUGCUUUUGACACAGACCACAAUGGAUCUGUGAGUUUCGAGGACUUUGUAAUGGGUCUCUCCACACUUCUGCGAGGAACAAUACAAGAAAAACUGAACUGGGCUUUUAAUUUAUAUGAUAUAAAUAAAGAUGGAUAUAUAACUAAAGAGGAGAUGCUUGACAUCAUGAAGGCAAUUUAUGACAUGAUGGGGAAAUGUACGUACCCUGUUGUUAGGGAAGAUACACCGAAACAACACGUGGAAACAUUCUUCCAGAAAAUGGAUAUAAAUAAGGAUGGAGUGGUGACUAUAGAGGAAUUCAUAGAAAGCUGCCAAAAAGAUGAAAAUAUCAUGUGCUCUAUGCAGUUGUUUGAGAAUGUGAUUUAGCUCAUAUUCGCGAGCUACGAAGAACAGACGUUUUCUCUAUUUUGACGAUAAUUUGAAGCUGCAAUUUCCAUCAUACCAUGCAGACUGUUCAUCUUUAUACUAAGUCAUAUAUUAUGCAAAGUAGCUUUUUUAUGAUGCCUUCCAAAAAUCAGGUUUCACAACCGUGUUUCAAGUUAUUUUCAUGCUUAAUAUGUUUAAUGUUUGAGAGGUAUUGUUUCACAUUCCACUCUUCUUGGUCUGAAAAGCAGUUUACUAUUGUUAAUCAUUGUUCUGCUAAUUUAUUUAAUAUGAAUCGGUAAAUUACAUUUAUUUUGGUUAUGAAAAGAAAAUACAAGCUCUACCCAUAGCACUGAUUUUAUUCCUUCUACCUGUAAGAUGCUCCAACAAACUAGAACUGGGAGCUAUGAUGUUAGCUACUGUAUGCCUGGGCAACUGCAGACUGUGUUCUGCACCAGGGACAUUUAAAAAACAAAUUGGUGCAGCAGAAGAAAAAAGUGAUUUAGCCCGAAGAAACCAACCACAUGGUUAUUUAUUUUCAAAACUGUUCAAGAAAUAAGGCCCUUAAAAUCUUAUUGGUUGCUAAGGUAUUUUAUAGUAUGUAAUUUACUAAUUUAACUGAAAAGAAGUAAAUUUGUAUCUGAAUGAUGUCUAGUGGGAGAUAAAGACAGGCAGAAAAGGUCAAUGAAUAUCAAAGAGGUGAAGGCAAAAUAUAGUUGACUGACCAAGCUGUCUUAAAGUGCAUACAGACUGGCCCUCAUUCCGAGUUGAUCGCACGUAGCAACUUUUUGCUGCUCGUGCGAUCAACUAGACGCCGCCUAUGGGGGAGUGUAUUUUAGCAUAGCAGGGCUGCGAUCGCUUGUGCAGCCCUGCUAUGCUAUAAAAGAUUCAUGUAAAACAAGACCAGGGUCACACUUACUUACCCUGUGCGACGGAUCCAGCGCCGAAGGUCCCGGGAUUGAUGUCAGACAUCCGCCCUCCAAACGCUUGCGUUCGCCUUACCACGGCUGGAAAACGGUCAGUUGAUGCCCCGGAACGCCUCCCGCUUGUCAGUCUUCUUGCGAUCGCCACUGCGAUCACACGCGCAUGCGCAAUGCUUCCGCCGCACAUGCGCAGUUCCGACUCGUUCGCACCGCUGUGACAAACUGCAGCGUGCGAAUGGGUCGGAAUGACCCCCACUAUACGAUACACUCCAUGAGCGAUAUCGCAUACUGUUUCCCCUCCCUCGGACACAGUGCAUACACACUGUAUGAUAUCGCAAGUGAUCUCGUAUAGUGGCGUAAUGCCGUGGCUGGGCCGUGCAUACAGUUUUGGACGAUAAGUCCAAAUUGAGCUGCAAGCACAGCUGAUGGAGUGGGACGAUAACGAUGUGCGGGACCGCGCAUAGGGCAUUGUCCGUAGCAUACACACUGGGUGAUAUCACACACGAUAUCGCUCAGAAGGCUGAAAAUAAGCUAUAUCAUGUGUGAUAUCGCAUAGUGUGUACGGACCUUAAAAGUGUUAACAGGUCUGCAAGUGGCAUAAAGGAUUUCUCAUCUACUAUAUACUCCACCUAUUUAUUGUAUUCUAGUCUCCGCCAUUACUGUGUGUUUCUGUACCCAUAUUACUGCUUCCUAGUAUACAUCAGUGUCUACACCUGUGUUGGGGAACUAUUUUAUCUGCAGGACUGUUGGUCUAAAUACCAACACUGGUAUCCCAACAGGUUUUAAUCCCAAAAGGGGCUCAGCAGGAAUGGAACCCUAAUCCUCCUCUCCCGUACCCUAACCCUCCCGGCUCCGGCAUUCCGACAGGUGUCUGGAUUCCAGCACUGGCAUCCUGACCAACGGGAACAUGAACGCCUGCAUCCCGUAUCUAUCAAUCUGAAUGUAGCAGAGACCAGAUACCAGGUGGCCAGAAUGAUUGUAUAUAGUAAAUAUGGAGCAUGUACUACUGAUGCACAGACCACACGUUACUGAAGGGAUGGACUCCUCGUCACAUUACUUACAAUGAUUACUAGUAAGAGACUCUGAAGGAGAAUCUAACGAGGUACAUUAAAUUAUUCAUGUAGGGGCCAGUUUAUCGGCUACAUAUUAGUUCUCAUACACUAUUACUGCAGUCUUGGUGCUGGGCCUCUUUUUUACAAAUUUGCACCAGGAGAUUGUGCUGUGUGCGACUAAUGUCUGAAUCUGUAUAUGAAGCCACUACGAUGCAGCAGCCUUGGCUUUUUUUUUCCAUGGCAAGCUCCGUAGUGAUCUGUACACAGUCGCACACAAAUAUACAAAUAUCACAUAUCAAAUUAAUUGGCACAGUUUUUGGUUGUGUCCUAGUUGCAUCGUAUUCUGACUAAGACACAUUUUCAAGCUAAAAAUAUGCCUGCCACCAGCAGAGCCGCACAGGGCCUGGCAGUUCACUUGCGCUGUAUUAUCGGGAGUUUUUUUGGGGAAGAGGCAAAAAGAA